GGAGGAGGAGGGAGAGGGGGAGGAGGAGGAGGAGGAGGAGGCUCCCGACCCUCCCCCCGCGGCCCCCUCCUCCCCACCCCCCUGCCUGGGGAAGCGGAGGAAAGAAACAGCCCAGAGAGAGGAGUGAGGGAGUGAGUGAGGGAGUGAGAGUGAGGGAGAAGACAGGAGGGGGGGCAGCCUCCCAUCUUAGCCCACUCGAGUGUAUUCAAAAAGUGAGAGGCCCUGAGCAGCAGCAGCAGCAGCAGCAGCAGCAGCAGCUCCAGCUCCAGCUCCAGCUCCAGCCCAGCAGCAGCUUCAGCAACAGCAGCAGCAGCAGCAGCAGCUCCAGCGCCUUCCUUCCCUCCCUCCCUCCCUCCUUCCUUCCCUGCUUCCCUCCCUCCCUCCCUCUCUCCCCAUGAAGAAGAGUCCCCUCCUCCUCCUCCUCCUCCUCCUCCUCCUGCUGCUUCUCCUGCUCAGAGUUCCUGCCUCCAGCUGCCAGGGGGACAGCCAGCCAGCAGCAGGAGGGGAGAACUUGCCUAGGUGCACAUUCCGGAGGUGUCACUGGGGAACCAGAUUUCAUGGACCCGGAGGUAAUGGAUUUUUGAACAAAGAUUCCCACAUGGACCUCAGCCUGGUUUUCCGGAAGCCUCGGUGGUGAAGUGGUCCCUGUUUGUUUCCACUUACUAGGGCCCAUCGUCAUCCUGGUCAUCGCUGCGGCCAUCCUUUAAUCAUCCAUGUGGGUAACUGCUUCAGAGAUAGAUGCCCACUCGGCCUGUGUGGACAGCUCUAAUUUCUGCCCAGUAGGAGGUGCUGCAGCGACCGAAGGCCGUUCUCCUGAAUUUUGAGCUUGGGCUUCCCACUCGUGUCCUGCGUCUGGGCCAAAGGAGUGACAGGUUAACAUUCAACUCAGAGUUCCAGGAGUGCCUUCAGGGGACCAGAAAGCUGAAGUUGAGCUGGCUUUUCUGAAACUUGUGGCAGUGAGAAGACAUUUGUUAUUUUGAACAAAGACUGAAGAAACUGUAGAAUUAGCAGAAACAUUAGAAAAAGUGGAGAAGUUGGAGGAUGGAGUUGCAGACUCUACAGGAGGCCCUUAAAGUGGAAAUUCAGGUUCAUCAGAAACUGGUUGCUCAAAUGAAGCAGGAUCCACAGAAUGCUGAUUUGAAGAAGCAACUUCAUGAACUCCAAGCCAAAAUCACAGCUUUGAGUGAGAAACAGAAAAGAGUCGUGGAACAGCUUCGGAAGAAUCUGAUAGUAAAACAGGAACAGCCAGACAAGUUCCAAAUCCAGCCAUUGUCGCAGUCUGAAAACAAGCUUGCGACAGCCCAGCAGCAGCCACCGCCGCCGCCGCUCCCGCCGCUCCCAUCACUCCCACAGCAGCAGCAGCAGCAACAGCAGUACCACCACCAGCAGCAACCAGCUGCCCCCUCUCCUAACCUGACCGCCCCAUCACAGACUGUAACUACAGCUUCUAUGAUCACCACAAAGACACUACCUCUUGUCUUGAAAGCAGCAACCGCAACCAUGCCUGCCUCUGUCGUGGCCCAGAGACCCACCAUUGCCAUGGUGACUGCCAUCAACAGCCAGAAGGCCGUGCUCAGCCCCGACGUGCAGAGCACACCAGUCAACCUCCAGACGUCCAGUAAGGUCCCUGGGCCCGGGGCAGAAGCUGUUCAAAUUGUGGCAAAAAACACCGUGACUUUGCAGGUUCAAGCAACACCUCCUCAGCCCAUCAAAGUACCACAAUUUAUCCCUCCUCCCAGACUCACUCCUCGUCCCAACUUUCUUCCCCAGGUCCGGCCCAAACCAGUGGCCCAGAACAACAUCCCCAUCGCCCCGGCCCCUCCUCCAAUGCUGGCAGCCCCUCAGCUCAUUCAGAGGCCUGUGAUGCUGACCAAGUUCACCCCCACAUCCUUGCCCACGUCCCAGAACUCCAUCCACCCCGUGCGCGUUGUGAACGGGCAGACGGCCACCAUCGCCAAGACGUUCCCCAUGGCCCAGCUCACCAGCAUUGUGAUCGCCGCUCCCGGGGCCCGCCUGGCUGGGCCUCAGACUGUGCAGCUCAGCAAACCAAGCCUGGAGAAACAGACUAUUAAAUCUCACACGGAAACGGAGGAGAAGCCCACAGAAAGUCGAACCAUCACCCCACCUGCUGCACCCAAGCCAAAACGAGAGGAGAAUCCGCAGAAACUUGCCUUCAUGGUAUCUCUAGGGCUGGUAACGCAUGACCAUCUCGAAGAGAUCCAGAGCAAGAGGCAAGAAAGGAAAAGAAGGACGACAGCCAACCCUGUGUACAGUGGAGCUGUAUUUGAGCCCGAGCGCAAAAAGAGUGCAGUCACCUACCUGAACAGCACAAUGCAUCCUGGGACCCGCAAGAGAGGUCGUCCUCCAAAAUACAAUGCCGUGCUGGGCUUUGGCGCCCUGACCCCGGCCUCCCCCCCAUCCAGUCAUCCCGACUCCCCUGAAAACGAAAGGACAGAGAGCACAUUCACUUACCCAGCACCUGUCCAGCCUGUGUCCCUGCCCAGCCCCACCUCCACAGACGGUGAUAUCCACGAGGACUUUUGCAGCGUUUGCAGAAAAAGCGGGCAGUUGUUGAUGUGCGACACCUGUUCCCGCGUGUAUCACCUGGACUGUCUGGACCCUCCUCUCAAAACGAUUCCCAAGGGCAUGUGGAUCUGCCCCAAAUGUCAAGACCAGAUGCUGAAAAAAGAAGAAGCAAUUCCUUGGCCUGGGACUCUAGCAAUUGUUCAUUCCUAUAUUGCCUACAAAGCAGCGAAAGAAGAGGAGAAACAGAAGCUGCUGAAGUGGAGUUCAGACUUAAAGCAGGAGCGCGAGCAGCUGGAGCAGAAGGUGAAGCAGCUCAGCAGUUCUAUAAGUAAAUGCAUGGAAAUGAAGAACAACAUCCUGGCCCGGCAGAAGGAGAUGCACGGCUCCCUGGAGAAGGUCAAGCAGCUGAUCCGCCUCAUCCACGGCAUCGACUUGUCCAAGCCCAUGAACUCGGAGGCCGGCCUGGCGGCCGUGCCCAACGGCCCGGACUGCACGCCCGCGGCGCCCGUGCCCGCGCCCUCGCCCGGCUGCACGCUGAACUGUAACAAGGGCGAAGAGACUAAAUAACAGGCCCGGCCGAGGGGCGGCGGCGGAACCCCGAAGACGCGAGGCGGGCCGAGCCGGGCCUCCUCCGCGAGGGCAGGAUUCCUUUGGCUCUUUGGCUCCAGAGAGGGAAGAAGCUGGUGCCGGGCGGCGCCGGAGUUUGCCAAUUGAUCCUUCUUCUGUGUACAUGCAAAGUCUGGACCGCAUCACGUGAAACAGUGCCAGCUGGGGGUGCUCUGCCAGCACCGUGCCAAGUGAAAUAUAUAUUUACUCUCUCUAUUCUACACCAGUGUGUGCCUGCAGCAGCCUCCACAGCCACGAGGGGGUGGGGUGGGUGGGCUGGGGUGGGAGCAGGGAAGAAGAGAGCAGAGCAGUUGCAGAUCCUUACUCGCUGAGCAGUUGGUUUCGGGGGGAGAACAGUCCAAAGAGUGUGUGGGCUUUCCUGUUCUAAACUCUCACGACUAUAAAACCAAAAACAACAAAAAAAGGAAAUCCAGAUGUAAGCAAUCGCAGUGCCCAGAAGGGGUGGGGAGGGGGGCGGGGGGCGGGCGCCGGGGGGGAAAGUAUAUCAAAUAAGCAGUAUUUAAUAUCAGUGGGAGAGGGAGGGGACGGGUGCCGGGAGACGGCCGCGGCGCGCGGCUCCCAGGUCUGUUUCUCCCCACGCACCCAGCUCCCGCCUCGGCGGGGAACCCCCGGCCCCACCGCCUCGGGCUCACCCCAACCCUCCCAGAGCAGCCCCCCACGCUUUGGGGUCUGCCCGGGGGCCAGCUGCACUUUCGGGGGGGAGGAAUGGGGGUGAGCAGAGCAGGGGGGCCCCCAAAGUCAGGUGCCCGGGGUGGCCGGGCAUGGUGGAGGCCAGAGGAAAAAGGCAGAUCAGUGAUUUUACUUGAAAACAGAGCUCCAUCCCUUCUCUAUAUUUAUAAAGCGGAAAAGAGCCUGAGCAAAGCACCCCACAGCCCACAUGUGUGAACUUCAUGGAGACAUUUCUUUUUUUUUCUUUUCUUUUUUUUAAUGUUUCUUUUACUUUUUUUGUAACAAAAACUAAAAUAAGGAAUAGAAAAGCUGUUUUUCAGGCUGACGGUCCAAUUAAAGGGGUAGAUGAGACCUUGCAUGGUAUAGAUUAGGGGUCCUAGUGUCAGUGAGAUACUGUGAGUCGUCGUGAGUCCUCGUGUCAUCGUUUCGGGCACUGUUUUUUUAUGCAAGGGCAAAAUCUUUGUAUCUUGGGGGAAAAAACGACAACAACUUUUUUUUAAAUUAAAAAGGAAAAUAAAAGCUAUUGAGGUCU